AUGAUCCAUGAGCUGCUGUUGGCGCUGAGCGGGUAUCCGGGGGCGGCCUUCACCUGGAGCAAGCGCGCUGGCCUGCAGGUGUCCCAGGAGCUGCCGUUCUUGCACCCCAGCGAGACCAGUGUCUUGAACCGACUCUGCCGCCUCGGCACCGACUACAUCCGCUUCGCCGAGUUCGUGGAGCAGUACACGGGGCACGUACAACAGCAGGACCAUCAUCCAUCUCAACAAAACCAGAGUGGGUUACAUGGCAUUUAUUUGCGAGCCUUCUGCACAGGUCUUGAUUCAGUGCUGCAGCCUUAUCGACAGGCACUACUUGACCUAGAACAAGAGUUUCUGGCUGACCCUCAUCUUUCCAUCUCACAUGUUAAUUAUUCCUUGGAUCAGUUUCAGUUACUCUUCCCUUCUGUGAUGGUCAUGGUGGAACAGAUCAAGACUCAGAAGAUUCAUGGAUGUCAGAUACUAGAGACAGUCCACAAACAUAGCUGUGGGGGGCUGCCUCCUGUUCGCAGUGCUCUUGAAAAGAUUCUGGCUGUGUGUCAUGGAGUCAUGUAUAAGCAGCUCUCUGCCUGGAUGCUGCAUGGAUUGCUACUAGAUCAACAUGAAGAGUUUUUUAUCAAACAAGGCCCCUCUUCUGGGAAUGUCCCUAGCCAACCUGAAGAAGAUGAUGACGACCUAGGAAUUGGGGGCCUUACAGGAAAACAGCUACGUGAACUGCAGGACUUGCGCUUGAUUGAGGAGGAGAACAUGUUAGCUCCGUCUCUGAAACAGUUUUCUCUGCGAGUAGAAAUGCUGCCCUCGUACAUUCCUGUGCGGGUUGCUGAGAAAAUCCUUUUUGUGGGAGAAUCCGUACAGAUGUUUGAGAAUCAAAAUGUUAACCUGACCAGAAAAGACAUAGUCUCAAAGUUUCCAGCACCGCUCUUUAGUUUGGUGGACUUUGAAUCAGUAGUUGACUGGAUACGGAGCACUGUUGCUGAGCAUCUUUGGAAACUGAUGGUGGAGGAAUCAGAUUUACUAGGACAACUAAAGAUUAUAAAAGAUUUUUACCUUUUGGGGAGAGGCGAACUAUUUCAGGCCUUCAUUGACACUGCACAGCACAUGUUAAAAACACCACCUACAGCAGUAACUGAACAUGAUGUCAAUGUUGCGUUUCAGCAGUCUGCUCAUAAAGUGCUGUUAGAUGAUGACAACCUUCUUCCUCUGCUUCACUUAACCAUUGAGUAUCAUGGAAAGGAACAUAAAGAUACUUCUCAGACUCGCGAAGGGCCUUCCCGGGAGUUAUCUCCACGUGAAGCCCCUGCAUCUGGAUGGGCAGCUCUGGGCCUUUCUUACAAAGUUCAAUGGCCGCUGCACAUUCUCUUUACUCCUGCUGUUCUGGAGAAGUACAACGUUGUAUUCAAAUACCUGCUGAGUGUGCGACGAGUCCAGGCUGAGCUACAGCACUGCUGGGCUCUCCAGAUGCAGCGCAAACACCUGAAAUCUAACAGAACUGAUGCCAUCAAAUGGCGUCUGAGGGAUCACAUGGCUUUUCUUGUGGACAAUCUUCAGUAUUAUCUGCAGGUGGAUGUACUGGAAUCCCAGUUCUCACAGCUGCUGCAGCAGAUAAAUGCCACACGAGAUUUUGAGAGUAUACGAUUGGCUCAUGAUCAUUUCUUAAGUAAUCUGUUGGCUCAGUCUUUCAUCCUCCUAAAACCUGUUUUCCACUGCUUAAAUGAAAUUCUGGAUCUUUGUCACAGUUUUUGUUCUCUGGUCAGUCAGAAUCUGGGCCCAUUGGAUGAACGGGGAGCUGCACAACUCAGUAUUUUGGUGAAGGGAUUCAGUCGUCAGUCAUCACUUCUCUUCAAGAUUCUCUCUAGUGUUCGGAACCAUCAGAUAAACUCUGACUUAGCUCAACUGCUGCUACGCUUGGAUUAUAACAAAUACUACACCCAGGCUGGAGGAACCUUGGGCAGGUUGACCAUUAAGAUAAAGCGCCUGGCUGUGAAUGCAGCAGCUUACAAGUAG